UAUCUUUUGCAUCUACCGGCAUCUGAUUCUACCACGUACAAUCCUUCCUCGUCCAUCCAAAAUCUAAUCGGCUUCCGAAAAAGCCAUCACGAGAAAGCAACCCUUCUUUCUCACAAAAAAUAUUUGGAACAAGUUCCAAACCAACAAACAAAAGUAAAUUACUUCUCUCCCUUUUAUCAUUCAAAAUGGCCAAACCCAAGCUCGUCCUUGCCUACAGUGGUGGAUUGGAUACUUCUGUGAUUUUGAAGUGGCUUUCCGAAAAGGGAUUUGAUGUGAUUGCUUUCUGUGCCAAUGUUGGACAGCACGAAGAAAAUUUCGAUGCCGUCAAGGCCAAGGCUUUGAACUGUGGAGCCAUCAAGUGCGUUGUCUCUGAUUUGCGCAAGGAAUACGUGGAAAACUACGUCUUUGAUGCCAUCAAGUCCAACGCCAUCUACGAAGGCCGAUACCUUUUGGGAACCAGUAUUGCCCGCCCCUGCAUCAGCAAGGAAAUGAUCCGCAUUGCCAACGAAGAGGGUGCCGAAUACAUUUCUCACGGUGCCACCGGAAAGGGAAAUGACCAAGUUCGCUUUGAAAUGUGUGCUCAGGCUUUGAGCCCUACCAUCAAGUGCGUCGCUCCAUGGAGAGAUGCCGAAUUCAUUGAAUCCUUCAAGGGACGCAAGGAUUUGUUGGCCUACUGCGAAAAGCACGGAAUUCCCGUGGAUGCCAAGCCCAAGGCCAACUACUCUGUCGACGAAAAUUUGUUCCACACUUCUUACGAGUCUGGUUGCUUGGAAGAUGCCAUGUGUGGACCUGAUGAAAGCAUGUUCAAGAUGACUGUCUCCCCCAAGGCUGCUCCUGAUACCUCGGAGAUUGUCCAAAUUGAGUUUGUCAAGGGUAUCCCCACCAAGAUUACAAAUAUGGGAGAUGGAACGGAAAUCACCGACUCCCUUGAGCUGUUCUUGUACUGCAACAAAAUUUCUGGCAAGCACGGAAUUGGACGCAUCGACAUUGUCGAGAACCGAUUUGUUGGAAUCAAGAGUCGUGGUGUCUACGAGACUCCAGGAGGUACACUUUUGCGUGCUGCCCACAUGGACCUGGAAGGCAUCUGCGUUGACCGUGAGGUCAAGCGCAUCACCGAAGGAUUGGCCAACGAGUUUGCCCGUCUUUGCUACAACGGUUUCUGGUUCGCCCCCGAGAUGGAAUUGAUCCGUCACUCCAUUGAUUUCUCCCAGAGAGAUGUGGAGGGAACCGUCGAGAUUGAGCUCUACAAGGGAAACGUAACCAUCCGUGGACGCAAGUCCCCCAAGGCUCUUUACAAUGCCGAUUUGGCAUCCAUGGACAUUGAAGGUGGAGGUGACGCCUUUGACUACAACCCUGCUGACGCCAACGGAUUCAUCCGCAUCAACGCCGUCCGUCUCAAGACCUACGCCGCCCUUCGUGCCAAGGACAAUGCCUAAAAAUAUGCAUUGAGCCAAGGAAAUCAAGGAAAUCAAGAAAAAGAAAGAACGAACAGAAAAGAAAAGAAGAAAAAUGAAGAGUGAAAGAUACCGAGUGUUGUGAUUUUGCUUGUACGGUCCUCUUUUAACAAAAUUUAUAGUCACACUGAAAACUAC